AUGUCGAGCAAUAUAUCAGACACCAAGGCUGGCCAGGCCGACGCGCAAACGAGUUCUUUUGCUAAAAUAUCUAAUGUGUGGGAUACAGUCAAGCCAAAUAUUGAGGGGGCCGCGAAUUCUGCUGUGCGCCGUGGCAAGGAGUGGUACCAAGUGAGUUGGCUACCUACCUCUCUGAGAGGACACAAGUUCCGCCAUACCUCUUUGGCCGAUCCGUCUUCGUCGAUACGUCUGCUGAAGAUUGAGCCGGGCCAAGCAUCAGACGUGAUCCGAGUGUCGCUACACGUGGUCAGCCUGCGCGAUAAUCCCAAGUACACUGCGCUCUCGUACAAAUGGGAGAAAGAUUCUCUGAUAAAUGGGUUUUCGGAAAGAUACCUCACAUCGCCAGAGGCUGAUGAAGGGCUCCUAGAUGCCCUAAAGCGGUAUAUGCGUAGCCCAAAGCAGGCCUAUUCCUCCAAGGCCGCCGAUGAGGGCAUCGAGAAAUUGUUUGAAGAACAAAGCGAGUCCGACGAGGAAGAGAGCGACGAGAAAGAGAGUGACGAGGAAGAGGGUGACGAGGAAGAGAGUGACGAGGAAAAUUCACCGAAGUACAUCAUCUGCGAUGGACGGAGAAAGGGAAUCCAGGCAAAUCUAUAUGAUGCUCUUGUUCAGCUGCGAAAAUCGCCCAAAGCAGAAUUCUACUGGAUGGAUGCAAUAUGCUUGGUCCAAAAGAAAUGCGAUGAAAAAAAAGCACAGCUCCGUAUUAUGGGAGAUAUUUACCGCUGUGCCGAGCUGGUUGUAGUUUGGCUUGGACAGUGCCCAAUCUUCAUAUCGCCUGGUAUCAAAACCAUGUUAUCUACCGGGAUGACCACGGUUCUUCCUUACUACCAUGGUUACGCCCAGUUAGGGCAGCAAGCGCCUCAGACGAAAUCUGUUGAUGUUAGAAAUACGUUGCUUGUAAUGAGCAUGUUCUACCUCGCGACUCGUGGCUGGUUUGGUCGGCUGUGGGUACUCCAGGAGAUCUUGCUUGCAAGAGAGGCCGUAUUCAUGUUGGGUGAGCAUCAGAUGGACCAAGGCACAGUACUAGCCGCCAUCAAUUGGAAUGGCGGCUUGCAAGAGGGCGAAGCUGUCAUGGGCGGGACUGAGGAGUUGAGAUGCCACUACGAGUCCAUGGCACGGUAUUUCACUCCACAUCGGACUGAUACGGUCUUGGGGGAGAAUAGAAACAUGGAGGGGUUGCAUGACGAUUACGGAGUCGUUGGCAACUGGUUUCUCAUCUACUACACGGUCCUCAAGUACAUCCCUACCUCUAUGCUGAGUCCGCGUCCGUUGUUCAGGCAAGGCUACCGAUGGACCUUGGAACAAUUCCUGGUCGCAUGUAACGCCAGAGACUGGGGGAAAGUGGUAGACUUUGUUAUUGGUGGGCUCUCACUCAUUCUCCCGGAAUCUCUCAAGAUCAACCAGGCAAUUCAGGUUGACGAGCCGGCGCCUCCGCCAUUACCGCCACGGCCUGGUAAUUUGGAGCAGGCCAUGGUCCGAAGGCCUCAAUCAGGGAACGUUCCGAAAGUCAACAAAGGUCGGCUGUGGUCAUCUCUAGAUGAGCACCUCGACGCCAAAGCGCCAGAGCUCUUCCUAAAUCUUGCCGCUUGUCUCCUCUCCCAACCUCAUGAGGUCGGUCUCUUAUCUGUGGCUGCCAUGUUCGGCAAUCCUCUCAGUGAAAGGCCAACAUGGAUCCCACACCCAGAACUCCCAAGAGAGCAAGGCGGAGAGGCUUUUGCUAUGCAGAGCGGGAAAGCCUUCGCCGCUUGUACGGAACUUUCGCUGGAGCCGGAGAUAUCCUCUGACGGCAGAAGCCUCUCCUUGCACGCCGCCAAACUAGACACGAUUGAGCACAAGGGUCCGCUCGUGCCACUUUUGCCAACGCCCGAGAUAGUCCUCGAAUACCUUGAGUUUGCUCUCAAGCUUCCAAAAAUCGAUCAUUUCACAGGCCAGCCCGGCAUAGUUGCUUUUGCUCACGCUUCGAUUGGAGGGUCCUGGGGUGGUCAGCAUCCACCGCCACUAGAGGCAGCAAAUGGUUUCUACUACUUCCUUGCCGAUAUCAUACGUGAUCUCAUCUCGAAGGGAAAGAAACAAGGAAAUAAAAAGCCCCAGGCUGUUCCCCCUAGGCCUGCAGCAAGUUCCCAGCCCAAUGAUACCGGAGGCCAGCAGCAGCCACCAUCACAGGAUCAAGUGGCCAAGAUUACCAAAACCUACCAGGCACUGACAAAAGCCUAUCCUGGUCAGCCGUGGCCGCCUCUCAAGAACGAAGCUUUCAGCAAAGAUCAGGAUGCCCUUUCGGGGCGAUACGCUGCAGCAGUGUCACUGGCUGUGAUGAGUGGAGGAAGACGACUUUUCAUUACUAGAGGUGGCUGCAUCGGCUUGGGACCAAAUUUGUUGAAGGAAGACGACACUGUUAUGCUCGUGCCCGGGUUUUACGUGCCUUAUAUAUUCACGAGUAUCGAUGAGCAUCUCCGUCGAAAGGCAGAGCGCUUACUGGGAAAGCUGCGGGAUAUCGAGGCCAAAGGCGGCAGUAAUAAAGAGCAAGUGGAGGGCAUGCAGGCAAAGCUGCAGGAACUCCAAGACCGAAUGGGGACACAGGACGCCUGGCGUCUUGUGGGCGAAGCCUAUGUUGGGGGGGUCAUGAGGGGCGAGGCAAUAGAAGAAAACAGGGACAGGUUUGAGAGAAUAAGCAUUGUUUAG